UCUCUCUCCCUCUCUCUCUCUCUCUGUGCUUCUUCUUGCACACACACACAAGAAAAGAUCUCUUCUUUCAAUAAUUUGAUCUUCUGGGGUCACCAAAUCUUUCUUCUCUCUGCCCUCACAAAACAUUCAUGGAUGGUUGCCUUGGCAGGCACCAAUAGGUUCCAGUUCUGGAAGUUCUAGCUACUUCGGGGUGUCGGGUUUCGGGCACGUCUUUAGUACUGAAGCUAGGAACUGCUUGAGCCUUCCGGGUAUCCAUCGUGUUUCGAUCUUGAUUUGGGAAUUGGGAAGAUCUUGGGGGGUUUGGUUGGGUUGUAACGGCCUAAUCAUAAGAAAUACCAGAACUUUUUUUCAAGACAAUGAUUCUGACCUCCAACGGGUGCAUUCUGGGGAGGUCGCACUCGGUUCUUGCCAGGAAAUCCGUUGUCGGGAAAAGCUUCUACUUUUGGAUUUUCCAGAUCUUCAAUAGAUACAGCAUAGGCACUUAGCGGAAUAUUUCCGAGUCUCGUCUUUGAAACAGCUCCUCGGCUCUUGACCUUGCGCAUUUUCUUCCUCUCCAGUGUUCUUUGGUAUUUCACUUUGUUUGCAAAAAAUAAAAAAAAAAUCAGGUGGAUUCUGGUGUGAGAUAUAAUGGCUAGUGCAUCCCUGCCGCCGGGAUUCCGGUUCCACCCCACGGAUGAAGAAUUGGUUGGAUAUUAUCUGAAAAGAAAAAUUGAGGGACAAGAGUUUGAACUCGAAGUGAUUCCUGUUGUCGAUUUGUACAAAUUCGACCCUUGGGAGCUUCCAGAUAAAUCAUUCCUUCCUCAACGAGACAUGGAGUGGUUCUUCUUCUGUCCGCGGGACAGAAAAUACCCGAAUGGCUCUCGAACAAAUCGAGCCACUAAAGCCGGCUAUUGGAAGGCUACAGGGAAAGACCGGAGGGUUGCCUGUCAGUCCUCUGUCACUGGUUAUAGAAAGACCCUCGUCUUCUACCGUGGACGGGCCCCAUUAGGUGAUCGUACCGACUGGGUAAUGCACGAAUAUCGCCUCUGUGAUGAUUCUUCCCAAGGAUCGCAAAACUUUCGGGGGCCAUUUGCACUGUGCCGUAUUGUAAAAAGGAACGAGCUUUCUCAGAAGACAAGCGAUUGCCAUGGAGAACCAAAAAGCAAAAUGGUUGGAAACAGUUCGAGUUAUGGAGAUUGUGAGACAAUGGAAGUUUGCAGUAGCCCUUUAAGCAUGUCUAACAGCACUUAUUCUCAAGGAAGUUACCUAUGUAAUGAAAUUCAUUAUCCUAGCCAUAUGCCGCCUCAACAUGAAGUCACACAAAUGGCAGAUUUGAAUCCCUACUUGACAGAGACCAAUCCUGCAAGCUGUUGGGUCUCCCCUGAUAUGAUUCUUGACUCUUCAAAGGACUACUCACAAGGACAAUACACGGUUCCUCAUAACUUCCAACACCAACAGCAUGAAUUUCCGAGUCCCAUGCAUUCGUGGCAGCCAUGUGAUCACAAAGAAAUUUCUCCCAGCUCAUCGUACUCAAAUUUGGCAGGGGAAGUCGAACUUCCUGAUGAGCUCAAUCACUUCAGCUGUGUGUCGCCAUACUCGGGACAUGGGGACUACAUGGAGUAUUAUGGGGACAUACCAUACGGAGGUUAUGAUAAUGCCGGCUCGUUGGGUUAUCCAAAACCUUUCUGAGAAGAGGAGGGUAGUGAGAAGGAUUGGACAGGUUAACUCAACCAUAAAUCGCAGCAACGACGGUUGCAACAAGGUGUCCUCCCCUAAGCAUGACCGUCGAUUGAAAGCUGUUCACAUAGCUUUGCCCACCCUGUUAAAACAAAAAAGAAUCUGAUCCGGGACAACACCUUUUUAUGUUGGUUCUUGGAGUGGGAGAUAAGCUAGAGCAGCUAAAGGCCCUUCCUCGUUACUCCAAAAAAUGUUCCAAGUGAAGAUUUUUAUUAUCUGUUGUUCUUUUUCGACUUUCCGUUGUAAUGUCAUUUCAGUUUCCACUUUAUGGGGUUAAAGCUUAGAUAAGAGUACGCCUGCUGGUGGAAAUCACUUUUAUAGAUCAAACCAGAGGUUGUGGUUUACUUUGUACUUGAAGUUCUCAGUCUCAUAUGGUAACUGUUAAUGUUUGAAGUUCACUGUUCAUUUC